AACUCACCUCACCAACACCACCAUUCCUUUUUUCUUCACUAAAUUCAAUGUGCCCCUCUUCAAACUUUUCCUCUUCUCCCAUCAUUUUUUUUUUUUUUUUAAACUUCACCCAACAAUUCCUUCUCCAAGUCAAAAAAGUGUUCGCUUUUCAUCCUCCACACCCCUUCUGGCUCUUCGAUGUCUUGAAACCCGUGCUGUUGAUCGGCUGAAGUUUUUCACGUCUUUGGAUCGAGGAACUGCUUGGGUGUUUUAGGGAACUGGGUCCGACUUAUUUUCCUACAAUUUCAACAGCUUCUUCUUCUUCACUGCUUUUCUACUUUUCUUAUUCAACUGGAGCUGGGGUGCUGGUGAUGAUGAUGAUGGUGAUUCAUGGGUAGUAGAACAGUGAAGAUUGGUGCAGACGAUAUAACCAAUGCCGUGAGCGGGAUGCCUAGCUUCGUUUCUUCAAUGCCCACACCCAAUAAUUCCAUGGGUGCAGAGGGAAGCUCUAUUCCGUCGUCUCGGAUCUCAGACUUGAGAACACUUGAGCAAACUCUUGGAUUUCACAUAGAAGAUGUAGACCUUUCUAGAAAUCCUUUGUAUAAUCAGAUAAAGGCGAAUAGUUCGGCUCUGAACCACGUCCAGUUUGGUUCUUUAAUUAAGCCACUUGUAUCCACUGAUGUAAAUUUGCCAACUGCUAUCAUGGGGUCUCAAACGCUGCCAUUACAGAAAGAACCAAAUCCGAAUUUGGUCUCUACAUCUAGCGGUCCUCGUGAAAACUGGGGAGAGUCUAACGUGGCAGAUACGAGCACAAGAACUGAUUCCUCGACAGACGACGAUGACAAAAGUCAAAGGCUUGACAAAGAUCAAGGAAACUCACUUAUGGCAUAUGAUUCUAACAACAAGUUGAAGGAAAAAACAGCAGAUCAGAAGACCUUACGAAGGCUUGCCCAAAAUCGUGAAGCUGCUAGAAAAAGUCGUUUAAGGAAAAAGGCAUAUGUGCAGCAGCUAGAAAGUAGCAGGCUGAAGCUUACUCAGCUCGAGCAAGAACUUCAGCGAGCCCGUCAGCAGGGUAUCUUUAUUUCAAGUUCUGGAGACCAAGCUCAUUCCAUGAGUGGAAAUGGUGCACUAGCAUUUGAUGUAGAAUAUUCACGUUGGUUAGAGGAGCAUAAUAGGCUGAUAAAUGAGCUUAGAGCUGCAGUUAAUUCACACGCGGGUGACACUGAACUGCGAACGGUUGUUGAUAAUGUGACUGCACAGUUCGAUGAUAUUUUCAGGUUGAAAGGCAUUGCAGCCAAAGCUGAUGUGUUCCACAUCUUGUCAGGAAUGUGGAAGACACCAGCAGAGCGGUGUUUCCUGUGGAUUGGUGGCUUCCGUUCAUCUGAGAUCCUAAAGCUUCUUGUAAGCCAAUUGGAGCCUUUGACCGAGCAGCAAGUAGCGGAAAUCUGCAACCUGCAACAAUUAUCACAACAGGCAGAAGAUGCUCUCUCACAAGGAAUGGAUGCAUUGCAGCAAUCCUUGGCUGAAACGUUGGCCAGUGGCACGCCUGCUACAUCGGGGUCAUCUGGUAAUGUGGCUAAUUAUAUGGGUCAAAUGGCCAUGGCAAUGGGAAAGCUUGGAACUCUUGAUGGCUUCCUACGCCAGGCCGAUAAUCUUCGUCAACAAACACUUCAACAAAUGCAUCGCAUAUUGACAACCCGUCAAUCAGCUCGUGCGCUUCUUGCAAUAAACGACUACUUCUCCCGCCUUCGAGCUCUAAGCUCUCUCUGGCUUGCACGGCCACGAGAGUGAAAGGGGCAUGGGAGUUCUCUCUAGUUAAUCUGUCAAAUUUAUCAAACAAGUGCCUGAAGUGUGCUACCACACAGAAUUGCAUUGCUUCAUUGGAUGAAGCUGCUUCUGUCACAGGAAUUGUACAAUGGAUGAAGAUGAGUAAUGGCGGUGUAGGGUGAAGUCUGUGAUUGAUAUAUACAUAUAUAUAGCUUUCACAUUUUCAGUUGUUUGAUAUUGUAUGCUUAUUACAAUAAUCUUUUCAGGUGGUGUUUCAUAGAACUGAAUGGGAAAAUAGGUUGUAUCUGUAACUUACAUUUGUAUUACAUCAGCUUACACCAGA